GGAAAUAUUAUUGAAUUUCGUGUAUUAUUUCAUUCGGUUGGUUUUUGAAAAGAGCGAUGCAAAAUUAGCCAAAGUUAGCAAGCAAAGUGCUGUGAGUUUACCGAUGUAUCACGCUACUUUUAUUGCAGUUUUUCAGAGAGUUGAUGGACUUAAAGAUAUGUUUUUGUUAGGUUAUUGUCAGAUGUCCUCUAGUUAUAAUUUGUGGAAGUGCUGCUGAUUCAGCUCGAUGUUAUCAGCACGUAGCAAGUGAUUCACUAAAGUCCAACCUCACUUUAAUAGCUGUCUCUUUUUGUGAAAAAGAAGAAACAGAAAUGAAUACAAGUUUUUCGUGUAAAGUAUUAGGAGACUUUAGGUAACUUCAUACAUUUCAACCUGAAACUGUACAUUCAUCAGUUGGAUGUCCAUUCAACUUCUAUUCAACUAGUCUGCAGUGUGAAGAGAUGCAGGUGGGAAAUAAAUGUAUCUUUCAAUAUUGUUAUAAUACUUAUAUUUCUUCCAUGGAAAUGACAGAAAUUCAGUGCUGUUUUGUGGAGCUCUUUCCACCAAACUCCUCAAUAAAUAAUACAUUUAUAUGUGCCAGAUCAGUUUCCCUCUCUGGUUUCACAACUCAAUGAAAGUUAAGGAGUGGUUUGAAGUUUCAGUGUUUCCAUGGCUGUUUGGGACUCAGUCAGUAAAUCAGUAGGCUUGUUACAUUUGAUAAAGAGUCUGUUGUUUGACUACAUUGGCAAUCUUAUAACAAAUUCAAGCAUCUUCCGUAAGUAAUGGCAUGAUUGUAGAGCAUUGUAUAUUCAGGAUUGCUUUUGUUCUCAAAUUCAUUGUGAGAUUAUGUACUUUUGCACUCCUCUGGGCUGGAGCAAGGCUGGGAUGGCCUCUAAACUAUUGGACAGACUUCGCCGUACAAUAUUCAAAGAAGGAGCGCUAUCUUCCAAGACUGAUAGAACAGAUGACUUUCCAGAAAGUUCUGAACUGGAGGAUGAUACGGACUGCAUCUCGGCCAGGCUUGAUGGGACCCUGUGCUUUGAGGGUGAUGGGGUUCUGGAAUCUGAGGACGCAGGUGACGCAUCGGGGCUGGACAGUGAUUCUGACUUUUUUGGAGAGUCGCUAGACAAUGCCUGUAGCAGCACAGAAAUAUGCCCGAUGCUUCCUUCCCCAAAAUGCUCAAAUAUGAUCACCAGACAACUACAAGAAAACUGGCGAAGCUCAAGAACUCGUAGCACUCCUGAAAAACUCAUUUUUGAAGUGACUGACGCCAGUGUUGUCCAUGAGACAAAUUCCAAGUAUGUGCUCUACACGAUUCAUGUCAUCCAUUCUGGCAUGUUCGACAAAACUCCUGCUGUCAUCACGCGGCGCUACACUGACUUCGAACGACUACACAGCCGCCUACGCCGCCGUCAUGGGGAUGAAAUGGAGGGCGUGUACUUCCCACGGAAGAAGCUGCGCAAAAACUUCGUCGCCGAGACCAUUGCCAAGCGCAGCCGAGCUUUUGAGCAAUACUUGUCCCACCUUCACUCUCGUCCUGAUCUGCGGACCACACCCACUUUUCUCGAAUUCUUCUACCUGGGCGAUCUUCAUGCUGGCCAGAUGCUGAUGCAAGUGGGCCGUUGCCAAGAGGCCCUGGGGUCCUUCCUCAAUGCUCUGAGACUCCAGGAGAAGUUGGGAUGCCAUCAGCUCCUGCAGCAGAAUCAUUUCCAGAGGGUUCAUUGGUUCGUCACACUCUCUGCAUUGGUCUGCUGCUUCCAGGACUUAGAACAACUUAGUGAGGCUCAGGAACAUUGCGACAGAGCCCUGCAGGAUCUGGCGCCUUCAAAGGAAGCCUUGCAGCAGCACCAGUUGCACCCGCUUCUCAUCCCCCUCCUACAGUCCAACGUUAGGCUCUCAUGGAAGAUCUCAAAGGACAAGAGGCGCUGGGAAGCUCUUUUGCAGGAGAUCCAGGAUCAGGGGAUUGAUAUAGGGAAUCAGCCCAGCUUGAAGGAAUUGAUGAUUAAAGAAAGCAUUGAGGACAGUGAGGGGAUGGUCAGGGUUAAGAACAAAAGUGAAGAUGCCUUGUGAGCAGCUUGGUCUAUAACGUUCAUGAUUAUUUUUUUAAAUGUAACUUUUAGCAGUUAUGAGGGAAGUUUCUGAAAGCAAUGCAGUCAGUGGUAAGGAAACCUGUGGAAUUAAUACUAACUCAUGUAAUGCACAAUUUGCCUAGAACAAGUUUUUAAGUAAGCACACAUUUCAUGGGCACAUUUCAAUAGCAUUUACUAUAGCCUUAUUGUUAUAUUUUGUAUCCUAUGAAAUGUUCAACUGGGAAUUUGUUUUUGUUGUAACUUGCAGAAUAUUUAAAUGACUAAAUUCCUCAUUUCAGCUGUCAUGAAUUUCACAUUGAUGCAGCCCCAUCGCAUUUGUGUCUUACUGUGCAAUUUACAUCAAUUGAGCAAUAGCACUAAAACCAGCACCACUAGCAUCAGUUACUCUAGAAAGCACACAUAGCUUUAAACCCUGUUGGGUAAAGAUGAAUAGAAUUAAGUGGAAUUGACUUUGUAAGAAAUGUACAAAAAUGAGGCUGUCUACUCUAAACUAUGUUGUUUACGUUCAAAUGCCUUUGACUGACUUUGAUUCAGACUUUACAGAUAUGAAUCCUUCCUCAUAGUAAAGGGAAUUCCCACUUUUGGUGUGUACAUUUUAAAAGAAAUGAACUGUCAGAUACUGCUACAACAGAAGCCUUCAUACAGUUACUGUUCAUGUUAUGUCUUUGUGAUGCUGGAGCAGAGCUAAACUGUUUUAACCCAUUAACGUUUUGUUACUGAACUUCCUCAAAUAACCGUUGCAGAGUUCAGCUAUACACUUUAACAAUGUAAAUAACACUACACUUGCAGAUUGUUUAGGAAAGUUAUAGCUUUCAAAUGCAUAACCCUUUAUACAGUAUGUCAAACAGAUCCUUUUUGAAUCUCAUGAAUUUUAAUAUUUGUGAAAACUAUAUCAUUCCACCAACAAUGUGUAGAUAUUAAUCUGAAAAUGUUUGUUUUUAAUGUUAGAGCCCAAUCUUAUUAUAUUUUUACAAAUAGUUUUUUUCCCACCCUGAAAUCCUUGCACAUUAAAUUAAGACACAUUUGUAAACCAGUUACACAUAUUAAUGUUUUCUUAUGUUACUACAUUUAAAUGCUAAUGUAUUUUUUUUCCUAUUUAUUUAUGAGUUCAGUCAUAGCACAAAAGCCAUUUACAAAGUUUUAUAAAACUGUUUUUCAACGUGUGUUUUUUUGCGUUUAAACACUUAAACCUUUACAUUUAAUAAAUGCUUCCAGAUUUUUACAAAAAAAAUGUUUAAAUGCUUAGAUGCACUGUAGAUUAUUUUACAUUUUAAAAUAACAAAAUCUUGCAUUAAAUUCACAAUUGGUCAAUAUACUUUUUUUUUUUUUUUUUUUGCUAUCAGAUAUAUUAUUUUUGCACUGCACUUUGCCUAUGGGAAAAGGUAAUUUGUGUAAUGAAAAGGUCAUGUUUCUCAUGAAAUUCCUCAAUAAGUUUGGUUUACUGUAAGAACAACAUGGCCGGGCAAAUUAUCUGAAAAGGCAGAGCAAUGGAUUUGAUAUUGUCCUUUAAUAACAACAUGUAGAUGUAUAAUUGUUUUAAAAGUGAAACAAUAUAAAUAAAUGCAUUACAUUAUUGUUGCAGAUGAAUAAAGCAUUGGUAAGACAAUAAAAAAAGUGGCUUCAAA